UCUUGGGCUAACCUGACACAUUUACAAACUCAAGUUGAUCGACAAAUUACGACGGAAACGAUGAGAGGAUUUUUGCUCUUCAUCUGUUUGGUCUUAACAGUUGUUCAGUCGAGGACAGGCGAAGCAAACAGGAUGGAUGUGCGCAAAAAACAUGAAAACGACGUGGCGCACCACAGCUCUGCCAUUACAACAGGAGUGUGGAAUCAGGAACAUCCAAAAAGACUCUUUGCCAGGACUCGUUAUCUGCCUCAGCAGAGACAUCAUGUGGUGCGACCUAAACACACCCCUGAGGCAGUUCCUCCAGCCCAGACUCCAGCGCGGCGCUGUGCCGGUCUCACAGAGAACUGUUCCUCGCUCACUCCUUGCUGUGACCCCUGCACUUCAUGCCAUUGCAGGCUCUUCAACACGAUCUGCCACUGCUGGAAACUGGGACACCUCUGCCCCAAGAAGACCUAAUGGACCUUAAAAACACACACAGACACCAACUAUAUAUCACACUGCUGUACACAUACAGGAAUUAUACAUGUGUCUUUACACACAAACAGAUACACACACUCACACUCUGAAUGAAACUGCUUUAUAGAGCACCAUAGAUCAAAAAUGAUGUUAAACUAAGAGGCGUGUAUUACUUUCUAUACAGUAUAUGUUUAACUUUUACAUACACUGCAAGGUAAAAGUUUGGACGAACCCACAAAUGAUUUAGUGUUACUUUUUACACAUUUCAGAAUAGCAGUGAAGUCAUCAAAGCUGUGAAAUAAACAGUGGUGGUAGUAAUAGAUUACAUGUAAUCUGGAUUAUUUAAUCAUUUUCCAAUAAUCUAGUACUGGUAAUUAAGUAUAAUUUUAAAAUACUCAUAAUAAGAUUACAGUUACUUUUAUAUGGACUAUAUGAUUCAUGAUUGCACAUUACUCAGGCAAUGGCAGUACAUUUUUCAUUAUUAAUUGACCCCUCCUCCCCCAUUCUUCUUUUCUUAAUCUUUUACAAAUUUCAUUCUUAAUCAGCCUGCCGCUGAUAUGCGAUCAGUUAGUCUUCAAAUUUUUUCAGAAGAGACAAGAAGUAGAGGAUGAGGGUUGAAGAAUUGCACACACAGACCUGAUACUAGACACUGAAUAACUAUACUAUAGUACUAUUACUAUAAUUACACUGAAGAUGGUGAAAUGAUCUCAGCAUUUGUCCACUAGAUUUACAAAAAUAAUUUCAGUUUUAAGGAGACACUGGGCACAUUGCCCAGUUUCCCACUGCAAAUAGUUCCACUUCAAAUCUAAAUAAGCAUUUAUUUUCUUAACAUUACAUUGCAUAUCUAACCAACUCCUGAUGAACACAUGAAUUAUAUACAAGUGCAUCCGGAAAGUAUUCACAGCACUUCACUUUUUCCAUAUUUUGUUAUGUUACAGCCUUAUUCCAAAAUCGAUUAAAUUCAUUAUUUUCCUCAAAAUUCUACAAACAAUACCCCAUGAUGACAACGUGAAAGAAGUUUGUUUAAAAUCUUUGCAAAUUUAUUAAAAAUAAAAAACGAACAAAAUCACAUAUGUAUUCACAGCCUUUGCUCAAUACUUUGUUGAAGCACCUUUGGCACCAAUUACAGUCUCAAGUCUUUUUGUUUAUGAUGCUACAAGCUUGGCACACCUAUUUUUGGGCAGUUUCUCCCAUUAUUCUUUGCAGGACCUCUCAAGCUCCAUCAGGUUGGAUGUGGAGCGUCGGUGCACAGCCAUUUUUAGAUCUCUCCAGAGAUGUUCAAUCGGGUUCAAGUCUGGGCUCUGGCUGGGCCACUCAAUGACAUUCACAGAGUUGUCCCGUAACCACUCCUUUGUUAUCUUGGCUGUGUGCUUAGGGUCAUUGUCCUGUUGUAAGAAGAACCUUUGCCCCAGUCUGAGGUCCAGAGUUCUCUGGAGCAGGUUUUCAUCAAGGAUGUCUCUGUACAUUGCUGCAUUCAUCUUUCCCUCGAUCCUGACUAGUCUCCCAGUUCCUGCCACUGACAAACAUCCCCACAGCAUGAAGCUGCCACCACCAUGCUUCACUGUAGGGAUGGUACAAAACCAGGUCCAGGUGAUGAGCGGUGCCUGGUUUCCGCCAGACAUGAUGCUUGCCAUUCAGGCCAAAGAGUUCAAUAUUUGUUUCAUCAGAACAGAGAAUUUUGUUUCUCAUGGUCUGAGAGUCCUUCAGGUGCCUUUUGGCAAACUCCAGGCGGGCUGUCAUGUGCCUAUUACUGAGGAGUUGCUUCCGUCUGGCCACUCUACCAUACAGGCCUGAUUGGUGGAGUGCUGCAGAGAUGGUUGUUCUUCUGGAAAGUUCUCCUCUAUCCACAGAGAAACGCUGGAGCUCUGUCAGAGUGACCAUCGGGUUCUUGGUCACCUCCCUAACUAAGGCCCUUCUCCUCCGAUCGCUCAGUUUGGCCAGCUCUAGGAAGAGUCCUUGUGGUUCCAAACUUCUUCCAUUUACGGAUGAUGGAGGCCACUGUGCUCAUUGGGACCUUCAAUGCUGCAGAAAUGUUUCUGUACCCUUCCCCAGAUCUGUGCCUCAAUAAAAUCCUGUCUCAGAGGUCUACAGACAAUUCCUUGGACUUCAUGGCUUGGUUUGUGCUCUGACAUGCACUGUUAACUGUGGGACCUUAUAUAGACAGGUGUGUGUGCCUUUCCAAAUCAUGUCCAAUCAACUGAAUUUACCACAGGUGGACUCCAAUCAAGUUGUAGAAACAUCUCAAGGAUGAUCAGUGGAAACAGGAUGCACCUGAGCUCAAUUUUGAGUGUCAUGGCAAAGGCUGUGAAUACUAAAGUACAUGUGAUUUUUUCAUUUUUUAUUUUUAAUAAAUUUGCAAAGAUUUCAAACAAACUUCAUUCACGUUGUCAUUAUGGGGUAUUGUUUGUAGAAUUGAGGAAAAUAAUGAAUUUAAUCCAUUGUGAAAUAAGGCUGUAACAUAACAAAAUGUGGAAAAAGUGAAGCGCUGUGAAUAUUUUCUGGAUGCACUGUAAAUAAUUGUAUAUAAUUUAUAAUUAUAUGUGUCAUUUAAUCAUGUGUUGCUAUGUCCUUGGAAGGGUUUUGUCCAUCUAAUGUAUUAAAAUGCACAAAUACACGUAAUUUCAUAUGUGCAGCGUAUAAAUGUCAAAAUAAUGUCGAUUAUAUUAGUGCAGAAGUUAUAUUUACUUUCGCAAAUUGACAAAACAUACAUAUCGAUUAAAAAAAAAAUGUGUUUCAUGAACUUGAAACAUCAUAUUAAUGCUCAUAUUUUGAUUUAUAAAGCAAGUUUUCUUAAUUGAAUUAAAGCAACUGUAACAUUCACCUUGUCCCGUUUUGCCCUUACCUCUUCUUUGCCCAUUUCGUCCCGUAUUUAACUCCACAGUCCCCUGGUUAACAUGCACGCUAAAUGUGAAUGUCAUUGUUUUGAAUGUUUUGUUAUUGUUGUCAUAUAUAAAUCUGUAAGUGUAGCUUUAAGAUGCAGUCAUUUCUACUGUAAUUAUUCCAAUUGUCAUGCCCUUGUACAUUUUUCCAUGUUUCUUUCUUUCUUUUCUUUUUUUUUGCAAAAGAGCAUCACUGUUCUACCUGUAGAAUUAAAGACAAAACUUUACUGUAGAUGUUUAGCUCAUAAGAAAGAUUGACUUUAUUAUGGAUGGAAAAAGCUGCCAGCAAAAACCUUAUAAUAUAUUCAUAUCCACUGUAUGGUCAUACUGACUGAAUAUUAUUUGAAAAAUAAAUAAAUAAAUAAUAAUUCUUUUUAAUAAUAAUAAUAAACAUUUUUAGAAGCCCAGUACUUUAUGGAGAGUUUUCUUUCUAUCUGUAUCUGUGGUUUGGUUUAUAGUAAAAAAUAAAU